CCCUAUCUUCCCCCCUCCAGACGCCUGCUGCUGACCGGCACGCCGCUCCAGAACAACCUGAUGGAGCUGUGGUCGCUGAUGCACUUCCUGAUGCCGCACGUGUUCCAGUCGCACCGCGAGUUCAAGGAGUGGUUCUCGAACCCGAUGACCGGUAUGAUUGAAGGCAACUCCGAGUACAACGAGACAAUCAUCAAGCGCCUUCAUAAGGUCCUCCGCCCGUUCCUGCUGCGCCGGUUAAAGUCCGAGGUGGAGAAACAGAUGCCAAAGAAGUACGAGCACGUCGUCAUGUGCCGGCUGUCCAAGCGACAGCGGUUUCUCUAUGACGAUUUUAUGAGCCGUGCAAAAACGAGGGAAACGCUCGCCUCGGGCAACCUGCUCAGCGUGAUCAACGUGUUGAUGCAGCUGCGGAAGGUUUGCAACCACCCGAACAUGUUCGAGGAGCGUCCGACGAUCUCGCCGUUCCGGAUGGACGGAAUCAGCUUUCAGACGGCUUCGCUCGUGUACAACAUGCUGAACUACGAUCCGUUCACGCAAAUUGACCUGUCUUCCCUGAACCUGGCGCUGGCCCGGCUCGAGCUGACGCUGUCCGCGUACGUGGCGUACCGGUCGCAGAGGUUGUGCCUGCCGCGGCGUCUGAUCGAGGAGAUUGACGCGACGCCCGAGCCGGCACCGCGCUGUCCCACCGGAAGACUGAAGCUGCACGUGCGGGUGCCGAACGCGCGCGUCCAGGAAACGAUCGGCAGCACCGGCGGCGUACGGGUGGGCACUAGUCCGGCCAUGAAGACUGAAGGAACGCGUUUUGUUCCGCUUGUAAAUUCUUCACUAAUAGUAGAUAGGAAACCGCUGAUCGAGGAGAUCAGCUCACGCCCAGUAACAACGAUUCCGUUGGACGAUCCCGCCUCGGCGUCGUCGUCGUCGUCGUCGUCGAAUGUAAAUUUACGUAAAAGAUGUGAUAUCAAUAGCGGUAGUAGCAGCAGCAGCAGCAGCAUUAGUAGUACACUUAGUAAUAGAACAAGUGCUGGGCACGUAGCGCAGAUUGUGCACACUUCCGCCGGCAGGCAGUUGAUCCUCACGCCGAGCGCCAGCGGAGGUCAAGUGAUGAGCACGCUGAUGACGGCGAGCGGUCAACGGCUAACGGUUGUAAACCGGUCACCAGCCGCCCCUCCUCAACGCACGCUCUCGGAACCCGCUGCCCCAGCCUGCAAUCCGAUCUCUUCAACGCUGGCGGCUUCGAUCGUUCAGCAACUCAAGCAACACCAUUCCUAUUCAGCGAACCUCACCCCGGAAGAACUGGAGCAGAAGGCACGCACCGAGUUCUACCUGGCCAGUGUGGAGGAAUCGCGAAAAGACCGACGCGGACAGAUCCUCGAACUGCUCGGCCGGAUGAACCAAAAGCGCUGCGACGCCACUCCAAUCUACGGCGAAGAUCUGCGCGAUUCCAUCUGUCGACUCGGCGAGGAACCAUUCUCCGACUCCGUUCCCAUAACCGUGCGCGGCGCGUACGAGUGCCGGCAGGUGUGGCGCGCCCCCAGCUGCUGGAGUCUGCCCAACGCGUGCAAGUCGAUCGAGCGGAGGGCCCACGAAUUCCGCGCCGUGUUCGCCAACUUUGUCUGCUAUGUACCUGCGGUUUGUGCUCCGGCACCCAAGCUCCACGUUUCGCAUCCGAGCCCGUCGCGCAGCAACGCCGAACAGGACAAGGACACGCGGAUCACGGACGGGCUCCGGCCGGCACUCCGAAUUCUGCACCCGAUCAUUUCGGCCAUGAGCACGCUGUUCCCCGAUCCCCGGCUCAUCCAGUACGACUGCGGCAAGCUGCAAACGCUGGACCGCCUGCUUAAAGAGCUCAAAUCGGGUGGCCACCGGGUGCUCAUCUUCACCCAAAUGACGCGCAUGCUGGACGUCCUGGAGGCGUUCCUCAACUACCACGGCCACAUCUACCUGCGGCUGGACGGAACGACCAAGGUCGAGCAGCGGCAACUCCUCAUGGAGCGCUUCAACGGCGACAAACGCAUGUUUGUGUUCAUCCUCUCGACCCGGUCUGGCGGCGUCGGCAUCAACCUGACCGGGGCGGACACCGUCAUCUUCUACGACUCCGACUGGAACCCAACCAUGGACGCCCAAGCCCAGGACCGGUGCCACCGGAUAGGACAAACGCGCGACGUACACAUCUACCGCCUUGUCAGCGAGAAAACCAUCGAAGAAAACAUCCUCAAAAAAGCCAACCAAAAGCGAAUGCUCGGCGAUCUGGCCAUCGAGGGCGGCAACUUCACCACAGCCUUCUUCAAAAGCUCCACCAUCCAGGACCUCUUCUCGGUGGACAACGUCGAGGAGGACGCGUCGGCCCGGCUAGCCGAGGUCAUCGAGCGCGACCGCGAACGCAAGGAACGGCUACAGCAGAGCAUGAUCACGCCGAGCAGUUCCAGCGCAGCCGCCACUCCGGCCGCCGUCGAAGAGAGCAAAUCGGCCAUCAACGUGUUCGAGUCGGCACUGGCCGCCGCCGAGGACGAUCAGGACGUGCAGGCGGCCAAGCUGGCGCGGGCCGAAGCGUCUGCCGAGCUGGAAGAGUUUGACGAAAACAUUCCGAUUGAUCAGGUGGCGGCGACGGCGGAUUCGAAGGAGAAGGAACCCGAGCUAAGCAAGGCCGAAAAGGAGGUGCAGAAUUUGAUCAAGCAGCUCAACCCCAUCGAGCGGUACGCGAUGCGCUUCGUCGAGGAGACGGAGGGCACGUGGACGGCGGUGCAGUUGGCCGCCGUCGAGGCGGAGAUCGAACAGCAGAAGCGCGACUGGGAGGCGAACCGGCUGGCGCAGCAGAAGCGCGAGGAGGAAGCGGCCCGCCAGCAGACGGCCGAGGAGAACGAUCUGUUGACGUUCUCGCGCGAGGACGCGACCAACCAGAUUUGGAUAUCGGAUAACACGAUGGAAAAGAUGCCGAUGUGGUGCCCUCCGACGCCACCCCAGGACGACAACGACAUCUACGUGGACUACUCGCUCGGUUUUCUGUACGAGACGGAAGUCAUCCCGGAGGCGCAACUUCCGCCCGUCUACGUCAAGAAGGAGUACAAGCGAAGCCGUUCCGAGGCCGGCUUCUACCCGGACGGACGCCGGCCGGUCAAGAUCCGCAAGGAGGACAAUUACUACGCGCCGCGGUCACUGUUCGAUCGUCCUUCGCCGCAGAUUGCCAAACUGCGCAAGGAUUACAAAAUGCAGCGCUACAAGGGCAUCAUCAAGCCGUUCCCGAUGGCGGGCCUGAAGCCGACGAUGCCGGUCAAGCAACUGGUCGAGCCGGAAGGAAUGCCCGAGUGGAUGAUCCACGAGGACAUGUCGAUGCUGAACGUGAUCCAGAACCUGCAGGGACUGCCGCUGAACCUGAUGCUGGUGUCCCCCGGCCACACCCCCAACUGGGACCUCGUUGCGGACAUUGUGAACCAGUGCUCGAGGACGUACCGACUGCCGAAACAGUGCCGGUAUCGGUACGAAGCCGUCGUAAUCCCACGCGAAGAAGGCAAACUCCUGGAAAGUCCCAAAAAGCAGAAAAAGAGCAAAAACCCACUCAAACAGUCCCCACCGAAAGGAAUCCGGGCGAUGCGAACCGCCCAACUCUACACCGGCGACCAGAACAACUCGUACAUCAAGCUGGCGCGACAAAAGUUUGACAACAUCAAGCUAGCGUUCAGCAAAAAGGCGCCCCAAGCGAAGCAACUGCUUGCGAAUCCCCCACUCAAGAACCCCAAACAUGCUGCCGUGCUGGCCGAGUACGGAAUCACAAGCUACGACGCACCCCUGACACCGGUUGAGAUUGCCACGCGCCGCGCCGAACGAAUCUCCAAGGAGAAGCAGAAGAACGCUUCGUUGACGCAAGCCCAAGAGCAGAUGGCACUUCAGCAACAGCAGCAGCAACAGGCUCAACAGCAAGCAGCAGCUGCAGCUGCGGCCGCCCAACAAGUUGCUGCGGCGGCCCAACAAGCCGCAGCGGCCGCCGCUGUCGCUCAACAGCAGCAGCAACAGGCCCAAGCGCAAGCGCAACAGCAAGCACAACAGGUACAAGUGGCCCAACCGGUGCAGGUAGAGUUCACCAGGAAGAUAACCGCCAAAGACAGCACGACGGCGACUAAUGGCAUCUUUGUACUCAACCGACAGGUUGGUGGCCAGCCUCAAGCGCAUGUUAUCCAACAGCAGGUUCAGCAGCAAAUACAAAUCCAGCCGCACGUUCAGCAGCACAUUGCGACGUCCGUCGCUGCCGCUAACCAGCAGCAGCAGCAGCAGGUCCAACAGGCCACCAUUGUGGUGUGCGGAGUCGCGACAAACACUUCCCCUGCGGUAGCCACGCUCGUUCAGUCACCAUCGAUGCAGGCGGGUCGCGGCCAACCCGUGGUCAACAUUUGUCCAACUCCGAGCCAGCAGCAGCAGAUUGUGAAGGCAAUCGUGGCGAGCCCCGCCAACCAGAAUCUGCUCGCACAGCAGUUGGCGGUGGCGCAAAGCAACGCCCAGCAGCACGUGUCAGUUGUGUUGACCUCUCCGGUGACGACAAUGUCCGCCAACCAGGUGCAGCUCACUCAGCCUCAGAUCGUGUCCAUCCACCAGUCGACGCCACAAAUCAUCCAAAGCAGUGCGUCGGUCACGCAAGCCUCGGGCACACUCGUACAGACGUUGGCCACGCAGUCGCUGCCGCAGGUCGUGUCCGUUGCGCAGUUGGCCACGGUCGGCACCGUCAUGACCACCGGCAGUCCAAUCCAACAGCCUCAGGUGGCCACACUGACGACGUCGGCACUGAGAGCGCAGCGCAUCGUAGCUCCACCUGGGACGCUUCAGGAGGUGGUUCUUCACCAACGUUCCGGUUCGCAAAGCCCAACGGUGGUCAGCGUAAGCGGCUUGGGACAAGGUUUGACGCAAGCACAGCUGCAAGCCGGUCAGCUACGGCUUUCGAUGGCGGGUGGGCAGCAAGUGUCUGGCGUCGUAGCCAAAAGCAUCUCCGUCGGAACGGUAACGAGUGCAGGAAAGCCAAUCAACACUUCGCAGUACAUCUACCGUCAACCAAUCCGACAGCAGGUCAAAGUGCUUCAAUCGGGCACGGGGCAACCCGGAACGACAACGGUUCUGCAGCAGGCUGGCGGACAGCAAACUUUGGUCAGUCCCGCCAUCAUCCAGGGCAACAUAAUCCAAACGGGAACCGUCGGUCAGACCGUCCAGGUGCAACAGGUCACGCAGAAGGUGUCCGUAGCUACGGUCAGCUCCUCGUCUGCAGCGACCAUUUCCAGUCAAGCCGGCACGAUUGCCACUGUUCAGGUGGCGCCUGGCCAACAGAGAGCUCAGUUCAUCAAACAGGUCGGAACGAAGCAAAUCACCACGCGACAGGUGACUGAAAACGAAAUGCAACUCAUGGUCAAACGACAGAUCAUAAGUCAACAGCACAAACAGCAACUGCUGCCCCAAACACAAAUCUUCGCCCCGGCAAACCUGCAAGUCCAACAGGCUGGCACUUCCGGUCAACAGAUUGCGACGUUGGUGAAGACCUCCAGCGGAACGGCAGUGGCCGCAACCGGAAUGACGCUGUCGCAGGUGAAACCCGGCCAGAUCAAAACAAUCAGCAAUCAGAGCCAAGUUCGCCACCUGCAGCUUCAGCAGCAAAUCUUGGCAGCCCAGCAACGCAAGGGAGGCGGCAAAAUGACCCAAAUCACCCAGAUGGCCGGCAAGGCAGGUCAACCGACGCAACUGUUUGUGCAAGGCCCGAAAAAUCUGCCCGCCGGUACGGUCACCGUGCAGCAGAUUAUUCGGCACGCCCAGCCCAACUCGCUGACCGCUGGCGGUCAAAUUGUGCUGGGUAAAAGCCGGGUCAUCCCGGUGUCCGUUUCGCAGCAGGGCAACCAGCGGCAAACGAUUCAAGUUGUAACGGCCACUUCGGCCGCCCAAGCCAUUGCCGCCAGCAACAUGCGAACGCACGUGCCGUCGUCGAACACCGUCGUCAACACGAUCAAGGUCGCUGCCGGCGCCACUCCGGCCCAACAGCAGCAAGCGAUCCUGACGGCCCUCCAGAACCAGCAAAACCAACAACGGGCAAACGCCAGUCCCGUUCGACUGCAAACCUCCAGCGGAUCGCUCGUGGCCGUCACGGUGCAGCAGCCCCAGUCGGUGGCCUCGGCGGCAAACCAACAGCAGCAGCAGCAACAGGACCAAAUUACGUCGGUUACGGUUGCUCAAGGGGCAGCUCAGCUGGCCACCAGUCAGCAGCAGGUGCUGCAAAUCCAAGCCCAACCGCAGCAGAUUAUAACGUCGGCAAGCGACGGAACCAAUUCUGGGAUAGUGCAGCAACAACAGCAGCAGCAACAAGUUAGUAUGAUUAAAAAGAAACAAUCUCCUAGCGGAAAGUAGUGGUUGAUCGGGAAGAAUUGAGUGGGCGAUCUCUCUAAUAUCUUUGUGAAGUAUUGAUAGCUACUUAAGAUUAAUCACAUAAAUAUAACGCAAAGUU